AUGCCAAAGCAGGACUUUAACUCUGGAAAAUUACCAGGGAACGUUGAUAAAGAUUUUGUUCGCGAAAUUUUGAGCUUCAUUUUAAACUUGAGUCCGACACCUUCGAAAGAGAACAUACCAGCGGUAAUCCGAGAUUACUUAAAAAGUCGAUUUGUAUCCUCCAUCCAUGCCGUAGUAGGAUCCGACACAUCUAAUCUAAUAACCGCGGGGUUAAUCCUUUGUUUUUUAUCCUUUAUUUUUCAGCUUACCUGGUUUGUACUCGGACUGAGAUACUCCAGAUUAUCGAAUUCUUAUUGGCUUGUGCGGAACAAUGAGCUUGGCGUCUUUGUGCCCAACACUCGAUUUCUGAUGGCUAUCUUGAGUCUAUCUUUUACCCUUCUUCUGGUCAGUGAAACAGUUUUGUUAAUACUAGACAUAAAUGGAAUCUCGACAUUCAAGGAUCGGACCAUCAUAGCAGGCUUCAAGUGGAUGCCGUUGUGGUUGUCCAGCUGGGUUUAUGUUUGGGGAAUGGGAAGCAGUAUUUAUACCACUUAUUCGCAACUUCCCAAAGGCAUAAUUGGAAAGCUCGUGGGAUAUAAACGUUCUGCGCUAGCUUUUAAUGCUAUGGCUCUUGGCUCUUUGGUUCUGAUUGUAAUUUAUGAAACCGCCACGGUAGUUUAUGCUGGGUAUGGCUUGAUAUCUCUCCUGGAUUCCUUCGACCAAAUUUCUGCUCGAUUUGAGGCGAUGGCAGCCGUCUAUGAUCCGGCAAAGUUUACGAUUGAGAAUGACCUUCUCCCAGAACUUCCGGGGCUUCUAGAAUUGACUGCCGCAUUUGCGAUUUGGCUUGAAGAUUUUCGUUUUCUGUUGUAUUCGAGGCUGGCAUGGUUUUUUGCUUUCAUAUGCAUUUCCUUGCCACUAUAUUAUAUAUAUUUUCAGAUCAUCCACAAGAUGCAGAUCUACCGGAACAGCAUCUCUCUGAAAACCUAUUCUAGCAACAUGCCAUCAUUAGGGCAGCCCACGUUAGAUGAAGAGUACGGCAUCGAUAUGCGAUGCCCAAGUCCAAGCUUCGGGUCCUCCUUUCGGAAGUUUAUUUUCUCUGAUAACACUCAUCUCAUUUUGGCUGCGAUUUUGUCACUGGUUCACGCGCUAGUUGAGGUUAUUCUGAUGAUUCGAUUCAUGUAUGUUCUGAAGAAGUCCGGAAAUGUCAGUGCGCAAGUGACGUUGUUAAGCAAGGCGACAGUAAUGAACAAUUUCAUAUUCGCCUUCACCGGACUGUUCUCGAGUUGGAUCUUCUUCACAAGGUCACGUUUAGAUUACUCCAGAGCCAUGUCGCAAAUCGACAAUCAGGUGACAAUCGUAAGGCCUGCAACUAACAGCUUGUUCGACACAUGGACAAUCACACCUACAAUAAAAGGCGAAAUUCAUCCAGUCUCGAUUCAUACAAUGUCCGAAGUAACGAAACAAGACGGCUAUUUCGUUAGGCCCCGUCCCCAACUCAAGCACUUUCCGGAUAUUUCUUCUGUGAAAUCCUUACUCGCAAUAUCAGAGGAGCCAUCCGAACAAACCCAUCCUUAG